GUUGAAAGCUUACCAUUAGAGAUGCGUUUAGAAGAAGAAUCAAACAAGUGUCUGGGCAAAUACUCCCACUAACUCCCAAGAUUCAAGAAUAAUCUCGACAUAAUGAUCUUAUCUUUAUUCAAACUCUCUUGUGCCAGUAUUUUGAACCCAAAUCAACUUCUUGUAUCAAGAGCGGCAUGAUUUUUUUAGCAAAUCUGGAAUGAUUUCGCACCUCUUUCUUCAUCAAUAAUUGCAAUACCAAUUGCAUAGAAGCCGAUAGCGCAGCCGUUCAGCGGCGGCGGUUGCCAGAAGUAUGAUAUAUAAUUGAUGUCUAGUGGUAAGGUGUGGUGAGGGAGGUCUGAUGACAGAGACCAGUGGUGAAGGAUCUGUGAUGGAGUUCGGAAGUAUGAUAGCGGGGCCCGGUGGCGAAGGGCCGAUGGUGGAAUCUAGCAGCAGCGAAGGUCUGAUGGCAGAGUCUAUUCCAUGGAUUCCAGAAGUUUCUACUUGCAGCGGUACAUGCGGCUUUGGAGUGAAUGGCCGCGUAUGCUACAGCAACGUACAUAGCUUCAAGCGAUAUCAGUGAGGCUAUUUUUGUCCUUUUAAUUUAAAAUUAGUCCUAUACCCGAGUUAAAAUGUUUGGGGUCUUAAGAUGUUUUCUAUUCGGCUGAAAUUUGUUUGUCUGAACUGGUCCGAUCUGUUCUGGUAAACGUUUGGUCUUUGUGUAUUUUAGAACUACGGAAGUCUGAUCUGGUCUGAUCUGAUCUAAUCUGGUCAAAUCUAGGACUGAAAAUAGUCCAAAAGAAAACAUCCUUAUUUGCUUCACAUGCCUAUGUUUUAGUCCUAUUUGUGUCUUUUUCCCUUCCGCAUCUCCCUGCACAUCUCUCACAUCUCUUCCCAGCACAUUUCUUCACAACGCACCUUUAUGGUUGUGCCAAACCCCCAACAUCUUGAGCGUCACCACCAUCUUCAUCUCGAGCAAUCGCCUCUCCAUUGAAGCAAGUCGCCAACGUCGAAGCAUCGCAUGUCAGAAAUUGUGUCCUGCACCGCCACCAGAUAUUCACACCUUUGCCCUCUGUCGCCAUCGCAGCUCCACAACUUCGUCGCACGACACCAUAGAAGUUCUGACGCUCGACUUCGUUUUCAUCCCAUUCUGUCUCGCAGCAGGGAUGGAGAAACUGAGGAGAUAGGCUAGACUGGAGAUCUGGAUGGAUUACCAUAUCUGAGAUGGUGAUUAGAAAAUGACCAAACCAGAUCUGGGAAUGGUGGUGGCUAGGUUGAGGUACCGGGUGGUCAAAGUUGGGCUGGGUUGUUGAAGGUAGGCUUGGGAAGGGGUGAGUCAGGGCUGGGCUAUUCAUAAAUGGAGCUGCUGGAGUGGGGUGGUGUAAAGGCAGGGUAGUAGAGCAGGGGAUGGGGUUUGGGAGCUAGUGUGUACGGCUAAGUGUAGGCCAAGGGCGGCGGUGGGUUUUCAAGGGUGUCGAUGGUCGGAGGUUGUGAUGGUUGAGGGUUAGGGGAUGAUGGAGCAGGCAUUGGUGGUUUGGGCUGGGUAGCGAACAGCAAUAGUGGUGUUGGCGGUGGGGGCGGAUAAAGAGAUGAAAAAUGGCGGAUGGCGGAGGUGGUUGAUUGAUUGCUGGCGACGUUGGACGGUGGUAGUCGCAGGAGAUGUGCAAGGGUGAUGUUUCUGGUCGGUCACUAUAGGGUAGCGGCAGGUCAUUAACGAUGGUGGACGACAGCAAUGGUCAGUGGUGGCGCUGGUGGUGGUGGUGAACAGUUGCGCUUGUGAUGACGGUCACUAGCCAGAGGUGGCGGCAGUCACAAACAAGAGGCGGCGGUAGUCACUAAUGAGUGGCAGCGGCAAUCAUUGAUGGGGGCGAGGAAAGAAGGCUAAGGGUGGAUGAGAGACAUCCACCGAGCUGGCACCGCAGCACGACAAAGUGUAUGACAUAUACACUUUGUGAUAAUCCAUUUCUUAAUAAUCACCUGCAGCACGACAAAGUGUAUGACAUCGGCAUACUUGACGGCCAAGUUGAGAGACAUCCACCGAGCUGGCACCGCCGAAUUCAUCCCUGUGAUUGACGAGAAUCAUCGUGAGCAGCGACGCGACGCGACGCGACGCCGGAUCUCAAGGAAUAACCAGCGAAAAUCAUCUUACGGCUCCUCCCGUUCUCCUCCCAAAGCUUCCUCAGAUCAGAGUCUCGGACUCUUUGUUCAACAACCACUUCGCAGACAUCAAGAGGCCGUAGUGGACAUAGCCGCCGUUGAGGAGGAGCUUGUAAUCGCUCUCCCUGACCAGAUUGAGGCCGCGGAUGGCGAAGACCAUCUGGUAUGUCCAACGUAAGUACGUUGCGGCGGCUUCAAGCUUCUCUUCCUAAGAAACGAUGUGUGAGCUAGGGUUAUUUGGAUUCUACACGGGCUUAUUUGGAAACGUGCCGCUUAAAAAAUAUACUCCGUACUUCGUACAUUACGGCGCGCUUAGGGUCUGUUUGUAACUGCUUUUAAAAAAAUAUUUCUCAGUUUUUGGGUUUAGAAAAGCAUUUAUUUUCUCAAACAUUACAACUUUUAUUUUUCUCGGCUUCCGCGUCAAAAGUGCUUUUACUUUUUCUAUUACACAAAAAGCACUUAUUUUACCAAACACUACCCACUUUUACUUUUCAAAAUCACUUUUUUCUCAAACAUUAUCAACUUUUAUUUAAUCAUUUCUCCUCAUUUCAUUAAAAAAAACACUUUUUUAAAAGCAGAAACUGUUGCAAACAGACCCUUAUUUGUUGGAAUGCACCACACGCCCAUAACCUUUUUAAUUCCGUAUAAUUGAACUUUUUAAAUAUAUGCGGCGCUUAUUUUAAAGAUGCGCCGCACGAACGAAAAAAAAACAAAUUUUUAACUAAGAAUAUAACUUAUGCGGCGCUUUAAUUUAAAAAAGUGUCGUACGCAUUUUAAAAAAAAAAGAUUUUUUUCAAUAUGUCGAACUGGUGGAUAGCGCUUUAAAAUUAUAAGCGUCGUUCGUUAAGUUUUUACGGCGAUUAUUUAUUAAGUGCUGCAAAACAGGCGGCGCAAAAUAGGCACCACAGUUUAAUGUUUUUCCACUAGUGCAUGUUUAAAGCCUUGUAAUGCCAAACUUGGCAGAAAUUUACUCCUAUUCAGGGAAUAAAAAAUAUGAUACUUCUAUUUUGAU